UACGAGUAAAUGUUCCCUGAGAGGUUAAGACAUGAGAUGAUUACAUCGUCAUAACCAGCCAGCUACCUUUAACUGAGUAGAUAUUCUGCUCAGGGCACUGGCCUAAACCCUUUGAACACAUGACCGCUCUUUAUACAGCAGCCCGUUAAGGUAGAUAUCGGUCCCUUUUUACAGUUGGAAAAUUGGAGGCUCACGGAGGUGAAAAAGCAGUCCAAGAUGACAGAAGCUCGGUGGCAGAGCUGAGACCACUGGCCCCAGAGCUCAAGCUCUCACUACCAUACCUGCUCUACCUUGCAUGAUGGCUGGGCGUGGAACUUUGCAGCGGUUGUGUGUGCCAGGAGCAGCUGGAAAUCACGUCGGUCGUGAAUUCUAAAUCCCACAUCCCCAUGGGUUAGUUGUACAGACUGACCUCCAAGAGACUGGAGAAAGCAAGUUUGGUUCAAACUGACCCUUACUGAAGAGGCAGGUUUAGGGGCAAGGCCUGAACCCCUCUCUUGGGCUGUGUGGUGUUGUCCAGGAAGGUGAGCCCAGCAGGAGGAGGUUUAAGGGUCAUGAAGUGAAGGCAGGGAACAUGCAGCCUGAAGUGUGGUGAAGGAGGAAGAGGCAGGCAAGCUUCUGGCCUUUCUUGGAUGCGCCUGGGAUGUUUGCAUUAUACAUGAGCCUCAUCUUUUUUUUGAGCCCCAGCUGCUCUAAUCACUUUUUGUUCCCUAAACCCUUCAAGGCAUAAUUCUGUCUGUUGCUUUCCUGAGUCACUGCCAAAUACCCAGCCCCAGUCAUGGACUGAGUCCAUGGGUGUGAGUUAGUAUGAGCCCCGUGCCUGUGGGUGCCGUGCCUUCUGUCCUGCUUGGGGGUUGUAACGUUCACCAUCCCUGCUCUGAGCCUUUUUCUGUAUCAAGGCACUCACACUUCUAAAUGUCCCUUUGUUUUCCUCUUUGCUAGAUACAUCUUCCUAUUGUUUGCAAUUCCUGCUUUAAAAAACUUAGAAUACCAAAAGGGUCACUUAGCUAGGGCCAUAUAAAUCAUUAUUUUACCUGUCCGCCCUUCCCUAGCAGUUAUAUUCAGAGAACUGCUCCAUUCUCUGGAAAUUGGGACCUCCCUGUGGAUGGCUCACUGAACCCAGUGCGGGGCACAUGAAUAUGUGGAAAUACAUGCCUGGUCCUUUUCAUCAGGAUGGCCUGACUCCUCCAUUUGUUUGAAGUGCCUUAAGGAGAGGUAGGCUGGCCCAGUGAAAAUGGCAGUGGACAGGGUGGAGGCCAAAGCUGCCCUGAUACCUGCAAAAGACUGUGCUGACCAGGAGCGGAGGCUUGAACCAGUCGCUUAAGCUUGGCGCUCCAUGGCGUGGUCCAUACUGAGAAUAAGGCUGAGCGGUCACUAACCAGUAAGGCUCCAGAGUUUCUGCUGGUGCGACCUCAGGGAAACUUCUUUAGGAAUCUCCGCCCGAUGUCCCACCCCCUGUCCCUCGUCACUGACAACAACCUCCUCCUCCGCUCUCAUCCUCCUGAGUAAAUGUGCCCUGGGAGGUGAAGACAUGAGAGGUUAAGGCUCCCGCUCCCCCUUUUCCUCCUGAUUCAGCGAAACAAGCUUUCUCCUCUGCUCUCUCCUCCUCCUCUCCCCCUUGAAUCCAGUCCUGGUUUCCCCGCAGCCAGCCUCCCUUUCCUCGCCGACUGGGCUCGCCCCCGCCCCGCAGCGCCCGCCGUCACCGCUGCUGCUUCAACCCCUCGCCAACCCGCGCUCCCUGCCACCCGGGGCUCGGCUCGCCCAGUCCCGCGGCUCCAGUCCGGAUCUCGCUGCUGCCCGACCGGGGUACGAGUGCUGCUGUUGAGGAGGCGGCGGCGGCUGGCCCGCUCCCCUCGUCCGCCUCGCCAGCCCGGGGUUGGCGGGGAAGGAACAGCUGGCGGUCCCCGGGAGGACAAUGCACCCAGCUCUCGGCCACCCCCGCUCGGUCUCGUCCUCGUCCGGCUCAUUCCCGCCGCCCCCUGCCGCCUCCCGGCCGCCGCCCCUCUUCCAACGGGGGGGAUCCCCCCGCGGCCGGAGAGCCUCGGGAGACAGCAGCACCAGCACCAACGCCAGCACCAGCCGGGGCGGAGGCGGCGGCCGACGCGGCGGGGGCGGCGGCUCCCCCAGCAGUAACACCAGCGCGGAGCGGGAGGACGACGACGAGAGCGUCAGCAUCAGUAAGCCGCUGGUGCCGGUGGCCGCCGCCGGGAUCCCGGGGCCCCCGGCUCAGGCGGGCGCUCCAGCCGCCGACCUCACGCCCGCCGCCUUCUCCUCCUCAGCAGGCACCCCCUCCUCCACCUCCACGCCCACCUCCUCCUGCAGCAUGACAGCCGCGGAGUUCGGCGGGGGCGCUGCGGCCGGGGGCAUCGGGGGCCCCGGGGGCCGCUCGGCUGGGGGCGCAGGCGGCACGGGGACCGGCAGCAGCGCCUCCUGCUGUUCGUGCUGCUGCUGCUGUGGCCGCCGCCCGGCCCGACCCGGCCGCAGGGGUCCGCGCCGCGGCUGCGCUCCCAGUCCGGGAUGCCGUUGGGGCUACCAGGCGCUGUCCGUGGUGCUGUUGUUGGCGCAGGGCGGGCUGCUGGACCUGUACCUCAUCGCCGUCACCGACCUGUACUGGUGCUCCUGGAUCGCCACCGACCUGGUGGUGGUGGUGGGCUGGGCCAUAUUCUUCGCCAAGAACAGCCGGGCCCGUCCCGGGAGCGCGGCGAGCGGCGCGCACAACCACCACCAUCACCACCACGCUGCGCCGCCCCUGCACCUGCCCUCCGCCUCCGCCGGGGCUGCGGCCGGGGCCAAGGCGCGCGGCGGCCGCGGGGGCGUCGGAGGUCCCGGAGGCGGCCCGGGAUCGACCGCGGCCGCGGGCGAGUUCGCCUUCGCUUACCUGGCCUGGCUCAUCUACUCCAUCGCCUUCACGCCCAAGGUGGUGCUCAUCCUGGGCACGUCCAUCCUGGACCUCAUUGAGCUGCGCGCGCCCUUCGGCACCACGGGCUUCCGCCUCACUAUGGCACUGUCGGUCCCCUUGCUCUAUAGCCUGGUGCGGGCCAUCAGCGAGGCGGCCGCCCCCCCAGGCUCAACGGGUCCCCUGCUUCUGCAGCCACAGCAGCACCGCGCCGCCGGCUGCUUCCUCGGCACGUGUUUAGACCUGCUCGACAGCUUCACCCUGGUGGAGCUGAUGCUGGAAGGCCGCGUGCCGCUCCCCGCACACCUGCGCUACCUGCUCAUCGCAGUCUAUUUCCUCACCCUCGCCUCGCCGGUGCUUUGGCUCUAUGAGCUCAACGCAGCAGCCGCGGCUUCAUCGUGGGGCCAGGCUUCUGGGCCCGGCAGCUGCAGCCGCCUUUUGCGCCUGCUGGGCGGCUGCCUGGUGGACGUGCCCUUGCUGGCGCUGCGCUGCCUCCUGGUGGUGAGCUACCAGCAGCCCCUCUCCAUCUUCAUGCUCAAGAACCUCUUCUUCCUCGGUUGCCGUGGCCUGGAGGCCCUAGAGGGCUGUUGGGACCCCGGGAGUCGGGCCUCCCCUAGUCGGGCCAGAGGAGGCUACGGUGCUCCGCCCUCUGCACCGCCUCCACCGCCACCGCCACCACCACCUCAGGGAGGCUCCCAGCUGGGUCACUGCAUCUCGGAGAACGAGGGGGGUGCCCAUGGCUAUGUGAACACCCUGGCUGUGGCCUCCCAGAAUUGAGGGGGACAAGCGAAGGGGGCUUGCUUUUUGGUUGAGAGACCCCAGCUCUCUUGUCUUCUGGCAUUCUGUCACCCAGAUUUGAUCAGGCUCUGUUUGGAAGAGGUAACUACUAAUAGGGCUAAGGGCCAGGGUGUCGCUCUGUACCCCUUGAGUCAAGACUGCUGGGAGGCAGCCCAGCAGCUAAUGGUGAGGGAGGAAGGUCCACAUACUCUAUUCUCCCUUCUCCAUGCCUGACCCCAACCCUAGCCUCCAAGGGGCUGGAUACCUCUGCUUCUUGCUUUUCCCACCUCCACCAUAUCCAAUUCCUAUCCGUUGUGUAUGUGUGGGGGGAUAGAGGAAAGGGGGUGCCCAGGCAGGGGGUGCUGGGCCUUAGGCAUUCCCUCUUGCUUGGAAGUGCCGGUUUCUUUUAGGCUGUGGUUAGUGACCAUUGUCCCAUGCCUUGAAAUUGACCCAGAAUCUGCUGUCCCCUGCUGUGUCUGUUGGGUUUCUUCCAGAUGGUAGAUGCAAAUUCUGUGUCUCUGUGUAUGUGUAGUGUUGUUUCCUUGUGGCCCUUUGCAAUCAGUAGGAGAUCUGGGGAGGCCCUCCCCUCCCCACCAUACAUACCACCACCCUCCUCAUUCCUACUUGAAUUUGUGGCCAUGAAUUCCCAGGAAGAGCUGGGCUCCUGGGAGCUGCCCACUUACUCUCCCUUAAGGGAGAAGCUCACCCAGGAUCUUCCUCAAUCCUAUUCCUCUCUCCUCAACUUGGGGGGAGGAGAGGAUUCAUACUCUAAGGACCAAACUUCACCCUUUCUUGGGUGAGUGAGCAUUUCUACCUCUGUGCUUUCGACUUUUGUUGCAUCACGCACUGAUGCUGCUUGCAAAAAAUAAAGACAAAACACUCAGAAGUUGCAUUCAACAUGGCCACUGGAUCCAGCUGGGGUUUGGUGCCAGUGUUAUUACAGGGUCUGUGGAGUAUCAGCCAUUGGCUUGCCCUCCUCUCUCCCUCCCUCUGCACCCAGAACUCUUAUGCUUCAUGAGAUUUGUUGCCAGCUGGGUUACAUCUCGGCUCAGAACAACAGCUUUGGUGAGGUUCCUGGAUAGAUGUGAAGUUAGGCCUCUCAUGGGCCCAAAGGAGUAGGAAAUCCAAUUCUGUGUCCUCCCCCUUCCCACCCUCCCUUUAGGAAGUUUGGUGUAGACCAGGAACAGUGGUGGUGAUCUUUGUCCUCUGCUCUGGUUAAGAGAAUCUGCAGGGAAAGAGAAACCCUACCCCUCUCCAGCCUUCCUCUCUGGUGUUCCUGUUGUUGAGGUUGAUGACAAGGGACAUCCAGGGGCUGCUCACUAAUAGUCUUGAUGCACGCAUCACUCUUGGAAUCUUUGAGGCAGGAUAAGUAUUUUUAGGGGCGGUAAGAGUACAGGAUGACAGUUGGGAGCAAGGCCAAGAAAUACUCUCCCCCACCCUGCAGUAGGUUGGGGUGGGGUGAAAUUGUAAGAAUGUUUGUUUCCCCUUCUCUCUUCUUAUGCUUGGGAAGUUUUGUGUUAUGUAAUAAGCCCUGGACAUGUAAUAAACCCAGAAGUCAUGGGUUGCAGUUUUGAUUCUGUCACUCACUGGCUUUGAGUGACACAUCACUUUUGCUUUGUGGGCCUCAGUUUUUCGCUUGGGGCCUUUCUCUCCCAACUUCUUGGGGACUUGCUGACAGAAGAUGUUCAUGUAGACAGAGACACCAGAGGGGCUGAUGGCUUGACCACAGUUCUUCUGAGCCUCCCUACUCUCACAGUGGGGAACAAUGGAGGACAAAUGUUUACACUCAGUGCACUAUCUGUGCUUCUUCUAGCCCCUCACCCUACCAGGUCCAGUAUAAGCUGGUUGGUUGCAGCUAAUUGUUGGUUUUUUUUCUGCCUUCUCCUUCCUCUACUGACUCCUCUUGUUUCCCUUUGAAUUCCAUGUGCUCAGAGUUCUGGGGUCCAGACCCUGGGUGGGCCCCCAUAGCUGUUUCCUCUGUUUCCACAUCUUCUCUCCAGCUUUGCUGUUGCUCUGCUACCUAAUCUCAGUGACUGUGAAAGGACUUUGUGUCUGAGCCAUGGCCAGCUCCUGGCUGGUCCCCUGCCCCACCCCCUUUCUGAUGGGAUGGGAUGGUGGUCUCCCUGCUGAGUGACUGACUGUACAAUCUCUGAGUGCUGUUGGAUUUUCUGGUGGGAGGCUGUGAUAGGUUCCCAUGAGCUGCCACUUCCCUAAGUGCGUUCAUAGAUUGAUGGCAACCCGGCCAAUUCUAGUAGAGGCCAGGCCCCACCGCCACCCCUACCGCCUGACAUCCUCUUCCAAACAUUUGGUGCCAGCACCUUGUGCUCAGGGGGUCAGUCCCUUCCUACCUUCUGGUGUGUUUUUCUUUAUCCCUUUUACUUAUUUCCCUUGCCCCAUUCUUAAGAAAAAAUGACUCCUAAAGUUUCGUUUUUCUUGCUUCCUAAGGGCAUCUGUAGGGGGUCAAACUGGAGACGUUCCCCACGGGUCUGACAGACAGGAGUGCACUGUCUCCUGAGGCUGAUGCCAACAGCACAGCUCACAGAGCAGAACCCGGGUUCAGAAUCCAGACUGCCUGCCUCUAACAUUUGAGCAAGUAAGAGCGUCGUCGCUCUGGGCUUGGAUUAGACCCACUCUAAAGGCCGUUCCAAUAGAACAUGUCCUGGCUCUGAUUCCACAUGUUUUUUGGGAAGAGCUAGAUGGCUGUUAGAGCCUGGAAGAAGGGAAGUGGCACCUCACUAGCAUUUAUCAUGUUUUUAAAUCCUCCUUCUCUUUUUAAAAAUAAAACCAGCUUGUUCUGAAAAUAAAAUA